AGCUUCCGGCAUUCGCAUAAAGUAUAAAACCUAACUUUUUGUCUCAAAUUAAAAGCUGAAUUCGAAGAAGAAGGCAGCAGGAAUGUCAAGCAUACCAGAAGAAAUCUACCAUGACAUGCUUUUAAAGUUAUCUGUGAAAUCAUUACUCACAUCUAGGAAAACCUUUUGUCUUUGGAAUCCAGCCACCAAAGAGUACAAGGACUUACCAAAAUCACCAGAUGUACAUGAUGUGGAUGGAAUCAGCUCAAGGUAUUUUUGUUAUGAUAGCAAGAGUGACAAUUACAUUUUGAUUAUUUGGCAUGACAACGUAGUCCAAGUCUAUUCGUUAAAAUCAGAUUUGUGGAAAACCAUGGAUAUCGUGCCUUAUGUGCAUUAUACGCUAGACAAUUCUGGGGUGCUUUUUAAUGGGGAUCCUCAUUGGAUAUCCAUUAAAAAGCAAGACGACUAUCAGAAAAUUGUAGUCUCCUUGGAUAUAAGUACUGAGAGAUUCAAAGGAAUAGAACUACCAAAAGAGUGUUUGGAGGGUCUUGCUCACACGGAUGCAAUUUUAGUGGUGUUGGAAGGGUCCCUUUGUGUGCUUAAUUUUAAUGUUUGUAUUGAUGUAUGGGUACUGCAAGACGACGGAGUUGAGGAAUUUUGGACUAGACGUUUUAUUAUAAAUUAUGAGAGUGAGUAUGGUGGUCGUAUGAGGGUUGUGUCAUCUUCUACCAGUGGUGAUAUUCUAGUUGAGAUAAAUGAUGAAUUAUAUUAUUAUGGCCAUAAGUUCGGAACUGUCAGAAAACUGUAUUCCCGAAGCUUACGUUGCUGGAGAAGAGUUGAACAAUAUUUUGAAAGCUUAGUUUCACUUGGUGCUGGUUCUUAUGUGCCGGAGAAGGACCGAAUCGAGGAAUCAAUACACACCUGAAGAAAACAGGUUACUCUCUCUCGUUAUACGGAUGAAUUUGAUUUUAUUUCCAUGGCAAGUUUGUAUUGGAUUCAUGGUUUUUUUAGUAUGAUAAGUGUUGGUGAAAUUAUUAGAUGGGGUUGUGUGGUUUUUUCUUAUUUGUUUUUUUCUUGGAUCAUGAAGAGACACAGCCUUUCGCAAUUUCUUUUUCUAACAGUAUAUAUACAGAAGACCGAAAGCGAGAAUAACUAGCAAGCGUUUUAAAAAUUCUCUCUUCAAUAUGUGUUCAUCAGCAAAACGCGAAAGAGUAAGAUGUCAUCACAUACUGACAUAGAUCUACUAUCAAUGAUUUUACUUUGUCUAUCCAUUUGGUAAUACUAGAUUCCAGUUUCCAACAAUCGCUCGAAGAGAAGUGUUGGCUUCUGUAAUCUGUUAUGUUUAUGUACAAAUUAUGGUGUUUGAGGCAUAGAUUUCGAGAAUUUGAAUACAAUUUUCUUGACAAAGAUGCUACUAGUAGUGUGCCAUUCAGAACCUGUGUCUGUAAUGAAGGUAUAAAAAUAGCUCAAUCUUACAACGGACUUCUUCUGUGUAGUAGCUAGAUAUCGACAAAUAGUUCGCGGUGUGCUUAUUACAUUUACUAUUCCUGAACGGAUCAGUAUUACGGUGUUAGUUUGCUUGGUUCAGUUAGUUUGGCUUUCGAUCCAUCGAAAUCACAGAAGUGGUGGUGGAGAUUUUGGAAGGAACCUGAUGCUCCUUGGGUUAAAAUUAUAAAAGACAAAUAUGGUGUCGUUGAUCUCGGCUGGAGGACUAAACAGCCAAAGGAAAAACAUGGGGUCAGCUUGUGGAGGAAUAUUUAUUCAGACUCGGAAGAUUUCUUUAAUCUUUCCAUGUUCAAGAUUGGUAAUUGGGACAAGAUAAGAUUGUGGGAGGAUAAAUGGUUCCUUGAAGGUCCGUUGUGUUCGCUUUGUCCUACAUUGUAACAUUUGUCUUCUAAUAAGAAUUGUUCUCUAUCGGCUGCUCACAACAUAGGUGAUGAAGGUUAUGGCUGGGACUUGGGUUUGAACCACAGAAGGAGAUUAUAUGAUUCUGAAAUUGAAGAGUUGACUGUUCUCAUGCAACACUUGGAUGCAGUUAGCCUUUCUACUUGUGAGGAUGACCAACUCAUUUGGCUGGGGGAUAAAAAAGGGAUCUUUUCUGUUAAGAAAGCUUAUGAUGUUGCGAUGGUUUCUGUUAAUCCUGUCAAUUCCAAAGUCUAAAAUUUGGUCUAGAGCUUGGCCACAAAAGGUGGGAUUUUUUCUUUGGCAAGCUUGUUUGGGGAAGCUUCCAACUAUGGAUAAUUUGCAUCGGUGUAAUAUGGCUCUCGACUCUUCUAGUGUUUGUCAGCGGUGCUCUAGCAAUGUUGAGUCAGUUGACCAUCUCCUUAUUCAUUGCCAUGUUGUGUAUGAUAUUUGGUUUUACUUCUUGCGGUCUGCCGGUAGGUUGAGUGCUAUGCCGCAGUCUGUUGAGAGAGUGGUGGUCAGUUGGAAAGGUUACAACUUAAUGGAGCAAGGCAAGCAACUUUGGAGGAAACUCCAGGCAGCAAUCAUGUGGGUCGUAUGGCUUGCUAGAAAUGCUAAAUUCUUUAAUUCAAAAGACAUCAAGGUUCCAGAUAUCAUCAGGGAUAUUAAAAUUCAAGCUUUUAAUUGGGCCAAAGGUGCCUCGUGCUUCGCUGGUAUUAACACUUCUCUUGUCAUUGUUUUUAGGGUUUUUUUUUUUAUUUUUCUUUGUUUGUUGUUGGGUUUCUGUAUUUUUUUUGGGGGGUUUUGCGUGCAGUAUUUUGCACCUCCUUCUUAUUUUCUUUGGUUGGUUUUCUUGAUAAAUUCUUCUUUGCCGAUUAAAAAAGAAAGAUCCAUUGAAAUCACAUUUCUAUGAAGUCAUAAGUUUAUGGGGAAGAGAUGUGGUCAUCAAAUUGAAAUAUACUCUUCCCAAAUUUCCUCUUUGAAGAUUUAGAGAAAAAUUUUCAGAUACAGGUUCGUACGGUAUUAAGCACCGGCGUGUACUGGAAUGGUUAUUUGAACUGGAUGACCGUCGGGAUCUUUAAUAUAUUUUGAAGUUGAUCAAGAAGUAGUCAAGCAUCUUACGGUGAUGCCUUACGCGAUUGACAGAAUAAUAAAGGUCCCUUACUCUGGAUGCUUUCAAAUUUCCUAGCACCCUCUGAAUUGUCUUCCAUCUCUGAUUAAUUUAAUGCUUCAAAAAAAUAAUAAUAUCCCUCUUCUCAUUUUGGGCAUGAUCCAAUUAUACUUACAAACUUGCUUAUAAAGGGCAUACCAACAUUCCGUCUCCACGGUUGUAUAUUUCUUGUCAUGUGCGGUUUGGAGAACUAUUUUCGUCGGCAGGCGUAUCUGCGUCUCCUCCCGGCGAUGCUAACUCAAAUCAGCUAAUAUUUUCAGAACUCGCAAGUCCUAACUCAAAGUUUCAAGUGCUAAUUUAUUUAUGUUGGUCAUGGGUUCGU